ACCAAUUCAACUGUAUAUAUAGUGCUGAGGAAGCUUUCCUCUUAGCUUUAGUUGCAGCCAUGGCCUCUCAUGCAGCUCUGGCUUCUUCAAGAAUCCCAACAACCAACACCAGGCUCCCUUCCAAGGCCUCUCACUCUUUUCCCACUCAGUUUUUCGCCAAGAGGCUGGAAGUGGCUGAGUUCUCUGGGCUUAGAUCCGGUGGGUGUGUGACCUUUGCCAAGAAUGCUAGAGAGCCUUCCUUCUUUGAUGUUGUGGCUUCCCAACUUACUCCCAAGGCUGGAGGGCCAGCUCCAGUUAGGGGAGAAACAGUGGCCAAAUUGAAGGUGGCGAUCAAUGGAUUCGGGCGCAUUGGUAGGAACUUCCUCCGGUGCUGGCAUGGGCGGAAAGACUCUCCCCUCGAUGUUAUUGUCGUCAAUGACAGUGGCGGUGUGAAGAACGCUUCGCACUUGCUGAAAUAUGACUCUAUGCUUGGAACAUUCAAAGCUGAAGUGAAGAUAGUGGACAAUGAGACCAUCAGCGUGGAUGGCAAGCCCAUCAAGGUCGUCUCCAGCAGGGACCCCCUGAAGCUCCCAUGGGCUGAGCUCGGUAUCGACAUUGUUAUUGAGGGGACCGGAGUCUUCGUGGACGGCCCUGGUGCUGGAAAACACAUCCAAGCUGGUGCCAAGAAGGUUAUUAUCACGGCACCAGCCAAAGGGGCUGAUAUUCCAACCUAUGUUGUUGGAGUAAAUGAAGGAGAUUACUCCCAUGAGGUUUCCAACAUUGUGAGCAAUGCCUCCUGCACUACAAAUUGCCUGGCUCCUUUUGUGAAGAUCCUGGAUGAAGAAUUGGGCAUUGUCAAAGGAACAAUGACUACCACCCAUUCCUACACUGGAGACCAGAGGCUUUUGGAUGCUUCACACAGGGACUUGAGGAGAGCCAGGGCAGCAGCAUUGAACAUAGUCCCGACAAGCACUGGCGCAGCCAAGGCCGUCUCCCUUGUGCUGCCCCAGCUCAAGGGCAAGCUCAAUGGCAUUGCCCUCAGGGUGCCCACCCCUAAUGUAUCAGUUGUUGACCUUGUCGUGAAUGUUGAGAAGAAAGGAAUCACAGCUGAGGAUGUCAAUGCCGCCUUCAGGAAGGCAGCUGACGGACCAUUGAAGGGCAUUCUGGCUGUCUGUGACGUCCCCCUCGUCUCAGUAGACUUCAAGUGCUCUGACGUUUCUUCCACCAUUGAUGCAUCACUCACCAUGGUCAUGGGAGAUGAUAUGGUCAAGGUGGUCGCCUGGUACGACAAUGAAUGGGGUUACAGCCAACGGGUGGUCGAUUUGGCUCAUCUGGUGGCAGCCAAGUGGCCAGGUUUUGCUGCAGAAGGAAGUGGAGACCCAUUGGAGGAUUUCUGCAAGACAAACCCUGCUGAUGAGGAGUGCAAAGUCUAUGAAGCUUAAGCAGCUGCAUUCUUUUUUCUCUUUGGGUUUUUGGCUAGUUGAAAGUUGUUUAUGGUUUUAGGGGCCAGGGUUUUUCAUUGAUCUUCAUCAAACAAAUGCUUAUAUUUUGAAUGGCGAUUGAGGAAGAAAACAGAAUCGUAAGACAAUAACAUGAAAGACAGUGCUCCCGAGCUGCAUAUGCCUUUCAAAUUGAUGCUUCUUUUGCAUGGGCAAUUUGAAAAUAAAUUUGGAGACUUCCACCUGUUUGGAAACUGUACUUAAAAAGAGCAAUUACCAUCAAACCAUGUCAUUUGUUAUUAGA